AUGUCCAAUAGAGGUUGUGAGGCGUUCGCAGUGGCGUUAAAAGUAAAUAAGACUCUCACUCUGCUUAAUCUUGGAAGGAACAGGAUAUCUGUUCGAGGAGCUGAAGCACUGGCCGAAGCGUUGAAACUUGAUCUUGGAUGGAACGGAAUAUCCGAUAGGGGAAGCGAAGCACUGGCAGAAGCGCUGAAAGUAAAUAAGACUCUUACUCAGCUUGGUCUUGGAUGGAACAGAAUAGCCGAUAGGGGAAGCGAAGUAUUGGCAGAAGCGUUGAAACUAUCAUUAAAUACUAUCAAUUUACUUACUUAUUAUAUAAUGGCUACACAGGAUCAGGCGAGUCUCCUCACCAGUACUACACCUCAGAAAAAUAGCAGAGUACCUCCGUCUGUAAAGCGUUUAAGAUCCGAACGCUCACCAGAAGAUGUUAGAACAACGUUUAUUGAAGCACUAAAAUCUGAUCUUAUGUUACAACGUGCCGUGGCUGAUAUUGUUCAAACUAAUCCCGAUUCCAUCGUUCAAUCAGCAGAUAGUUGA